AUGUCAAUACAUGAAUAUUUUGAUCAAACAUAUACUGAAUGGAAUAUCAGAGAGUUUUUAAAUGAAUGUAACAAAGAACCUUUUCAGCAAAAAAUUGAUACAUAUUUAAAAAGCAUUGAGAACAUUGUUAGAAGUGAUAAAGAAAAAAGAAGUAAAAAGGCACAGCAUCUUUUUGAUAGAUAUAAAAAGGCAAUCACAAAACCAGUUUUAGGAUAUAGGCAAUCUUUUAGUUUGGCUGUAUUCAAAUCUUUUAAUCAAUCUGAUUCUGGUCUUAUUGGAGUGUAG